ACAUAUAUCGCAUUCAUUCAUCUCCAUCAAUGUCUGAUUAUCGAUCAUUCAGCAUACGUAUGCAUAUGGGGGAUAUCUCUCUGUACACACAUACACGCGCACGCACACGACACUCCUGCUGGGGCCUGCAUGGAUCUCUCCCACUUCACUGGGGCUCUUCGGCAGUGGCUGUGCCGCCUCCACCCUGCACUGCUGACACCGACACACCAGCAGCGGUGUCGUGUGCGCCCUCAUCGACACCCGCCACCCCAACCUCUCCCGUCUGUUGUCUCUCCUGUCCACCCGGCCCCUCCUCCCUGUCUGCCUGCCCCUGCUCUUCGACCACCGGCGGCAGGCCCGCUCUGUUGUCGUCUUCGUGCUCUAUCGUGGCGUAGAUGCGCGCGGUGAUCUCGAACUGCGACUCCUCGUCUAUGUCGGUCCACUCGCUGUCCUCAACCAUCACCACCCCCACCCCUCCAGCCCCACCGCGAGGCACAGCACCGUCACCCGAAGCGGCCACUGGGGGUGAGUUCUCGAUGGUCAUUGAAGGCGCCACCCGUGGCACCGCGUGCACGUGAGCUGUCACCUUGCCCUUCUCCGCCAGUAGGCGGAAGGGCGAAAGGCCGCCGCUUGCUGCCUUGGUGGGCCGCAUGGAUCGUCUGCUUGUCUUGGUGGCCUUGUGUAUGUGUGUGGCGAGGGGGACGGUUGGGCGAGAGGUUCGCCGCCGCAACGGGACGGGCGGCUUAGGGGAGGCGGGCAGGGGGGUGGGGCGGGGGGACGGGUGGGGGUCGAGCCUGGCGAGCAGCGCUUUUCGCUUCCUCUGCAGUGUGGCGAGAGCGUCGAAGGUCGUCGCUGCCUCAUCUGCAGCAUACAUACACAGGCACAGCAUAUGGCAUGUGUCAUCUGCAGUGGCUGCUGCCGUCACCAACCUGUUUUGGCCGUGCGGUCGAUCUCUACGGUCUCGAAGCAGUGCGCCCAGUCGCUCACCGAGAAAUGCAUCCACUGAGACGUACACACAGCCUGACGAGAAACCAAGACACACAUGCACACGCCACCUCCGAGACACCACGCAACGAGGGCAAGCCAGUGGACAGCUGAGCUGAGUGACCAGUUUGGCAUCUGGGUCUAGUGAAGGGUCCGCCGCUUUGUGGAUGGCCUCGAGCGCAGGGCUGGACCGCUGCUGCAGAGUCCACGCGAUGCUGACACAGAAACAACAGAAAGAGGAACGAGGAACCGGGUGAGUGACAAUGCCCGUGUGGUCAUCAAGGUGCAGUCAAUGCGUACGCGACGAGGGCAUCGAGGUCGAUUUCCAUGCCAGUGGCCUUGAGGCUCCUCAUCGGCAUGCCACGACGCACCACAUCACACACCUGACAUGACAUGACAGGCACACGGAGCAGAGGUGAUGCACGGCCGUCAGCGUGAAGCGUGUCUGACGCACCUUGGGUAUGACGCCUGCGAGUUUGGGGUUGCCCGACACAUCCAGGUGCAGCAGCGGGCCACACGUGCGGGGAAUGCGAUCCAGCAGACGCUGAUGACAGACAGGGACAUCGACUCGACACACAGAUUGGGUCUGAAGAUGGUCUAUAAACGGGUACCUACCUUGAGAAGCCGCCGAAUCAACUCGCUAUCAACUAAGCCGUUAUUGCGCUGCCCAUAAUCCACACACACACGAAUGAGGAAGAUGCACAAACAGCGUCUCUGAUGUAUGGGUGCUUCAGUCCCGUGCUCACCAGCGACAAUCGCGUCAGCCGCGGCAGGCCAUUCAUCAACACAGGAAGCAACACUGCAACACGCAUACGGACCGAUACCCCAAUCACAGCGCGCCACCUGGCCACACCCCUCUGCCUUUCUUCGUUGAUCAAUCACCUUCUAGCCCUCGGUCGUCAAGUGAGCACCCGCCCAGCGCCAGAGCCUGCAACUUGGCGCAUCCCGCAUCCAUGCGGCCGGGCGAUGACAUGCUGUCGCCACCCAGUAUCUUGGCCAGGGCCUCCACACCGCCCACGGUGCCGCGACCGGACUGGUAACCCAGAUGGAUGCCUGAAGAGCAGAAACAAGGACGCAACUAAACAACAUGUGUGGCUGCUUGGUGGAGUCACCUGAUAGGUCGAGGCUCAGCAGGCAUGGCGGCCGCUUGCUACGAGGGGAGACCGUCAUGUGUGUGCCUAGCGAACUGAUGAAGCAUCAGGCAACACGUCGCUCGUCGUCAUGAUACAGGCAGGAAGUUGAGUGAGAGGCUGACCUGAGGAAGUGGAGAAUGGCCGUGCUGUCCUCCACCAGGCUCUUCUUGUUGCGCACCCUCAGCGUGCGGGCGAGCGAUGCCUUCUUGGUAUCGCCUGCACCAACAGAUGCAUGCCAACGUGCAUAAGUACCAAUAUGCGAGUGUGCAUUCACCGCAUAUCUUUUCACCUGGCGAGGACUCAUGGGAGGCCGUCAACGAGAUCUGCGUCAAGGGAAUAGGCUGCACAGACACACACACGCCCAUACGCACAAAUGUGUGCAUGUAUUCCUUCCUGAACAGCUAUCUUACCAGCUUCAGAACCUCACACACGGGAUCCAAGGCGCGAACCUCCAACAAAUCUGUCAUCAGUCAGUGAGAUGCAAACAAUGAAUGAAUGAAUGAAUGCAGAACUGUCGAGCUUAACUUACCGACUUCCAGUUGCAGUUCCUUUUUCUCCAGGCCAGCGACAACCUCAGGCAGCGGCUGCAGCGACAGUACUCCGCAGAUGCGAACAUACUGCCCGGCGGCUCUCGGCACUCGUCGGCUGCCGGCCACUCGGACGCGGCCUCCGGAGGCCGUCUGCCUCGCCUUGCCGGAAUGCUUGGAUGAGCCAGAGACCUUCAUCUUCACGUUUCAGCUAUUCCACACCUUCAUCUUGACGUCAGCUAUUC